UCGGGUAAGGCGCAAUGCGUGCACGUUCCCUGCCACAGGCGGGAACGCGGGGAGCGGAGUCCGGCAGCUCAGCAGCUGAGCUGCAGCGAUGACGUCACGUGGAGCCGGCGGCGCGCGGCGGGGUAUCGGCAGCAGCAGCAGCAGGAGAGCAGUAGAGAUGGCGGGAGGCGGGAAGAGAGCACCGAGAGCCGAGCGGCAGACUGGCGACACAGUGAAAGGAGAUGUGAAGAAAAGACGUUCUGACCAGUCAGAUGUAUCGGUCAGCCUGCGGCAGGAGGUGGAACAUUUGUAUAAGCUUACCAUGCCAGAAGAUUUCUAUAAAUUCUGGAGUUUUUGUGCCGAGAUUGACCCAGAGGCACCCAAUGAUGUACUGAAAUCCAGCCUUGGCCUACAGCUUGUAGGUCCUUAUGACAUUCUGUCUGGCAAGCACAAGGUGGCCAAGAAAGAUGUUAAUUACAAUCUACACUGGAGGUUCUUCUAUGACCCCCCUGAAUUUCAGACUAUCAUUGUAGGGGACAGCAGAACUCAACUUCAUAUUGGGUACUACAGAGACUAUCCAGGAGAACUGCCUGUGUUUGUUGGCACUAAUGAAGCUACUAAAGGAUGCCACAUCACCCCAUCUGGAGAUAAUGUAUUUUCUGCAGUCAAACAGUUUGCAAUAAAGAAGCUAAAGGAAAUUGUUGAUAAAAAGUCAGUUACUGCUGUGAAGGACUUGAUAGAGAAACUGACAGCCGCAGCAGACCAGCUGCAAUAUUCGUUAGACCAGAAAUCUGCCUCAAUGAAAAGGAGAGACAAGAAAGUAGUGACCAAAUCCUUCCAUGGUGCGGGCCUGGUUGUACCGGUAGAUAAGAAUGAUGUGGGAUACAGGGAACUACCUGAAACUGAUGGAAACCUUAAGAGAAUUUGCAAAGCCAUUGUUGAAGCUCCUGAUGACGGAAAGAGAAUGAAAGCUUUUGCUCCUAUUCAGGAAAUUAUCACUUUUGUUCAGUUUGCAAAUGAUGAGUGUGAUUACGGUAUGGGCUAUGAGCUGGGAAUUGACCUGUUUUGUUAUGGAUCACAUUACUUUCACAAAGUGGCUGGACAGCUUUUGCCACUGGCAUACAAACUACUUAAAAAAGAUUUAUUUGCGGAAAUAAUCGAAUCUCACCUGGCAAACCGGAGCAAAGAGAAUGUAAACCAGCUAGACACCUAAUCCACACCGUAGCACAGUUUAAAAUGUUUUCUACUUUGUUCUGUACUUGUUACUCAUGUGUUAUUCUAUAAAAUUAGUUUUAUAAUAAAA